AUGUCUUUGGCAAAUUACUCCAACAUGAACUCUGUGUCCAUUGCAAAUAGCUUAGGAUCUGGUUCACGGGCACCCAUACUUAUUCCUGAAGAGUAUAAUUCGUGGGUUGGCCGUAUGAAUCUUCAUCUUAACGCUAUAAAUGAAGAUAUCUGGAAGUGUGUAGAAGGAACAUAUGUUACUCCAGAAAAUAUGGCUACUCUUGCUACGAAUCAAGCCACUCAAACCGAUAUCAUAAGAAAGUUGGAACUCCAAGCCAAAAAGGAACUUGUGUCUGGAAUACCUCACAGUAUUCUAAGUCAAAUGGAUGACAUUAUGAUGUUAACCGCAAAUCAAAUUUGGGAAAAUUUGAAAAAUCGUUUUUGUGGAAAUAAAAGAAUUAUCGGAAACAAAAGAACAUCUGUUUUGAAUGAAUUCGAUAAUUUCAAAAUGCUUUCAUCAGAAACUAUCCAUGAUGCUCAUGAUAGGUUCAAUUUGAUUAUGGGAAAUCCAGCUAUUCAUACCGAAUCUUUGUACAAUUUGUAUGGAGAACUUCAAUCGUAUGAAUCCUCGAUUGACCCACCAACCAUUGCAGCUUUUGGAGGACCACUUGCACUUGUGUCCACAACUUCUCAAAACCAAACACCUUUCAAUGAUCAAAACUUUAAUCAUUUUAAUCAGACUACAUCUUUUCAAAACCAAGCCUUCCAGUCUGAUUCAAAUGAUGAAGCAGAUUAUCAACAACUAUUCCAACAAAACCAUUCUCAACCUUCCCAACAAGCCCAAACUCAAACACCUGAAAGACUUCCGAUUAAAAGUCAAAAGGAUGAUAGUGAUGAAGAAGUGAUCAUUUGUCACAACUGCAAAGGAACAAAUCACUAUGCCAGAGAAUGUCGAGCCAAAAACAAAACCAAAAUCAAAGACUCAGCAUACUAUGCUCAAAGAGCCGAUGAAUUGAAGAAACUGGAAAACCAAGAAAAGCAAAGAGCAUUGAUGGCAAUCCAUGAACCAAGUGUGGAAUACUGGCCAACUUCUGAUGACGAAGCUGAACACGAACCAACACAAUCAAACUUCUGCUUCGUAGCUGGUGUUGAAAUACCUUCAAGAGCUCCAAACGUCAUAGAACAGCUGACUGAUUCUUUAAAACAAAUCAAUUCUCUUGAAACCGAGAAUAAAAGACUGAUAUGGAAUAUGGAUUCUAUCAAAGUUGCCAGAAAACUAAGUGAUGAUAUUUUCACCAAGGCAAACACCUUGGGAACUGGCAAAAUUGAUACGAAUUAUAGACCAGGAAUUGGAAGAGAAUCCUUUGAAAUUGAACAAGCAAAACAGAAAAACAUGACGAAUUGUGAAAACUCUGAAUCUACUCUACAUAAUCUUUUCACAUCUGUUAAUGAGGAAGAUUCAGAUGACGAAACAGUUAUCAACUGUAGUCCAGAUGAUACUGCUUUCAGUGUUUCCAAAAAGUCUUUCAAAAGAGUUGUAAAUUCUAAAACAGACUCUGCAAGUUCUUUAACUCACCAAAUCAAAAAUACUGAUGGAACCACUAAACUCAAAAACUUUUUGAAUGGAGAAAAUUCCUCUUAUAAGGAUGGUAGUACUUCUAUACCAACUGCUUUUCCUACAAUGACUUCAUCAAUUGUUGGAAAAACUAGUAUGGGACAAAAAUACUCCAAGAAACAACAAACAAGCAAAAAAUCCAUUCAAGUCACCAAAACCCCACUAAUCAAACCAAACCUUUUUGAAAAACAACCAAAGAAACCAAACGUCAUACCUCAUAAACAGGUACUUAAUGCUGGAGAACCCAAUGAUGAUACAUGGUAUAUUGAUAGUGGCUGCUCCAAGCAUAUGACAGGAAACCGGAACUACUUACGUGACUUCAAACCUAUACAAACCAAUCAAGAUGUUACCUUCGGCAACAACAUGAAAGCAAAAAUCAAAGGUUAUGGAAACAUAACAAAUGGUAAUUUUACCAUAAAGAAAGUUGCCUUCGUCGAUGACCUGAAACACAACCUCAUCAGUGUUUCUCAACUGUGUGAUAACAAUCUUGAAGUUCUUUUCACCAAACAACGAAGCUUGAUCAUGGACGCCAAAACCAAAGAUGUUAUAGUUGAUUCUGACCGUGCCGGAAAUAUGUAUCCACUUGACAUGGAUCUUAUCUAUGGUAAACCCGAUAUAUGUCUGCUAUCUAAAGCCCCAGCAGAUAUUAGUUGGUUAUGGCACCGCCGCCUUUCCCAUCUAAACUUUGGGUACAUCAACAAAUUAAUCGGCGAUGAUCUUGUUCGAGGGCUACCACUUCUGAAGCUUGAUAACGAAACUCUUUGUGCCGCAUGUGAAAAAGGAAAACUUUCCAAAUCCACUCACAAAAGCAUCUCAGAAUCUAGUGUGUCCGAACCACUAGAGUUGUUGCACAUAGACCUUUGUGGCCCUGCCAAAACCCAAACCAUUCAAGGGAAGAAGUACAUUCUUGUUGUCGUUGAUGGUUUCUCGCGCUUUACUUGGGUCUUUUUCUUAAGACUAAAAUCAGAAGCACCUGAAGAGAUGAUCAACUUCAUCAAACAAAUCGAGCUGAAGUUGAAACGACCUGUUCGAAGAAUCCGAAGUGAUAAUGCUGCUUAUCGAGUACUGAAUAAACGUACUAGAGUAAUUGAAGAAAGUACCGAUGUUCAUUUCGAUGAAUUUUAUGUUAGGAAAUUGGAUCGUGAACAUUUUGGUUCAAAAAUGAUUGAAAAUAUUUUUCAAAAUCCAAUUCAACAAACACCUUCUCCUGACAUAGACAUUGAAAUCGAUCUUGAUUUGCUUUUUGAACAACCAAAAACCGCUUACAAUUCUGAACUUCUAACUACUUUAAUUGACCCUACAGGAACACCCAGUGAAGUAAUUCCACAAACAAACCAAAAUGAUGCAAAUCAAUUCGAGGGGGAACCACCAACACAUACUUCCUCUUUGGAACAAACACCAAAUCCUCCUUUAAACACCCGAACCCCAAAUAGCCAAAACAAUCCCGAUGCAUCAUUUAUGGGGGAACCUUCAAACCUAUUCCAAGAUGAAACGCCCGGAGAAGAACAAUGGGAUACUGAAACUCCAAUUAUUAUAGCGGAAGAGAAUCGCUUAAUAAAGUGGACCAGAAAUCAUCCAACAGACCAAAUCAUCGGAGAUCCCAACAUAGGCAUUCAGACUAGAGGCGCAUCCACAAAUGAAUGUUUAUUUGGAGCCUUCUUAUCCACGACCGAACCCAAAACCAUACAUUCUGCUAUAAAAGAUCCAGAUUGGGUAAAAGCUAUGCAAGAAGAGCUAGCAGAAUUUGAAAGAAACGACGUUCAAGAUGGGUAUACAGAAACAAGACUGACGAUCAAGGAAUCAUUUGUCGAAACAAGGCACGUCUUGUAG